GGUGCAAACAAUAGGACCGGUAAUUCACGUAUACAAGGACGGAGAAGUGAGUAUAUAAAGCUACGAAAAUUCAUCAUCGACCAUCAGUUGCUCAGUCUAACAAGUGAACAAUCGAACAAACAUGAAGACUCUGAUCGUUUUGUUUGCUCUUUUGGCAAUGGCCAUGGCAGGAUACUUAGCUCCUUACGCUGGUUAUGGCGGUUAUUAUGCGGGUUAUCCAGGAUAUUACGGAGCUUAUCGUGGAUACGGAUACGGUUAUGGAUUAGGACAUUAUGGGUACGGAUUAGGACACUACGGUUUUGGUGCCCCAUACCGUUAUGGAGCGUAUGGAGCAUUUGGAAAAUACUGGUGAUGAUCAGCGACAAAAUCUCGUUCCUGCAAAGCCACCGAAUUGAUUACAUUUCUGGAGAGUGUAACGAAACUAAUAUUAUUAUAAUAAAAUAACAUUUCAUUCAAAAA